AUGACAGUGCACAUUCACUCAGACAUCAAUUUGGGACUAGAGCGGUCAAUCGCGCGUUUGAUCUAUACUUUAAAGCCACCUCUGCCCUUCUUGGUCUUAAUCGCAGCUGUAAAUCACACGACUAUCAUUCUGAUACGGCGAACACUCAACAUUUCUGAUGCGACCAGCAAGAUUCUGCGCUCUUGUACACGUCCUCCAGUUCAGACGCGAGACCCUACCGCAAUGGAUAAAAUCAAUGAAGCCCAGCACGCCCAGGGUGACAGCAACGUCACAUCUGCUCAGCCCGUCGUCAUUGCCGCAUCUUCUGCAGCAGGUCUUACCGACAUACAGCGCAUCAAAGCUCUAAUCAGCCGGGCUCAGCAGCAAUACGAAGACGUCUCCAUCCACUCCAACAACAAAGGCAUGGAUGAGGAGUUCGCAAAUCUUCUCGACCUGGCGAAGCAGGCCUGCAACAGCGUCGAGCGCAGUCGCACCAACGCUGCCAAACUGCUCGGCGAAUCAAUCCAGCGAUUUCUUGCCAAACAGCAGAUCCUGGUGCGUAAGUAUGAGGCGGAGAAAGUGAAGGCGAAGGCGAAGAAGCGCGAGACCGCGGAGUCGAUGAUGGAAGGGUCUACUAAUGGGAACGCGCAUAGCCAAGCCGCUGCUGAAGAAAAGAUUCAAGAGCUUGAAAAGGAAAAUAUCAAACAGCAAGAGGAAAUGGACUGGAUGCGCGCAAGGAUCAUCGUGCUGGAGCGAAAGCUUAGGCGGCUUCGAGAAUAG